AAGCGCUUGUGUACUAUAAAUGAAUUUCCGCCUUCCUGAGCGGUCCUUUCCUGUCUGCGGCCUACGGCAAAAUGGCGGUGCAGAUUUCUAAGAAGAGAAAGUUUGUCUCAGAUGGCAUCUUCAAAGCUGAGCUGAACGAGUUCCUGACUCGUGAGCUGGCCGAGGAUGGGUACUCCGGUGUGGAGGUCCGAGUCACACCAACAAGGACAGAGAUCAUCAUCCUAGCCACCAGGACCCAGAAUGUCCUGGGAGAGAAAGGCCGUCGCAUUAGGGAACUGACUGCUGUCGUCCAGAAGAGGUUUGGGUUCCCAGAGGGCAGCGUGGAGCUCUAUGCUGAGAAGGUUGCCACCAGAGGGCUGUGCGCCAUCGCCCAGGCAGAGUCUCUGCGCUACAAGUUGCUCGGAGGCUUGGCUGUCCGUAGGGCCUGUUACGGUGUCCUGCGCUUCAUCAUGGAGAGCGGGGCCAAGGGUUGUGAGGUGGUUGUCUCUGGUAAGCUGAGGGGUCAGAGAGCCAAGUCCAUGAAGUUUGUGGAUGGUCUGAUGAUCCACAGUGGAGAUCCAGUCAACUACUACGUCGACACCGCUGUCCGCCACGUCCUGCUCAGACAGGGUGUGCUCGGCAUCAAGGUUAAGAUCAUGCUUCCCUGGGACCCCAGCGGCAAGAUCGGCCCCAAGAAGCCUCUGCCUGACCACGUCAGCAUCGUGGAGCCCAAAGAGGAGAUCCUCCCCACCACCCCGGUGUCCGAACAGAAAGGAGCCAAGCCUGAGGUCCCUGUCAUGCCACAAGGAGCUCCUGUACCCACCGCAUAAAGGGUGUUCGCUAUUGGAUGAUGAAAAGGUCGUCAUUUUCUGUACAAAAAUAAAAGGAGAAAUACAA